GCGAAGUUCCGCUCCCUGAAGAAGGGCAACGCCGCCCUGCAGGGCAAGCUGCUCGGCGUCGGCGAGGGCGCCGCCUCGGAGCUCCUGCUGCUCGCGGGCUUCCAGGACUCGGGCGAGGCGAUCAGCCUCGCGGAGGCGCCGGACGGCCGCUGCACCGCCGUGCGCGACGAGGUGCAGUCGCACGCCGAGGAGGCGAAGAUGCAGGAGCUGCGCAGGGAGCGCGACGCGAAGAUCGCCGAGGAGGUGAAGAAAGACAAGGGCAGCGCCGCGCGCUACGGAGGCGGCGGAGACGAGAAGGGCCGCAUGAACCUGGGCGGGGACCGCAAGAAGCGCGGAGGAGGCUGA